GGCACAAACGUAUUUAAACGCCGAUUAUUAAGUCACGACUCACCACAUUACAGUCCACAGACUCAAAAGGCUAGCUAGUUGCACAAAUCCAAGGUUGAUGUCGAGGUCUUUUCUAGAGGACAAACAACUAGCCCACGAGGAAUUAUCCGCGCAAAGGACGCUGCGAAAAGUUCGGCCUGGAAAACUAGAACAGUUCUCAGUCGAUUUAUGUCUGAUCGCUCAUGGCAUCCGAUCCGCUUGCUUAGUGGACACGUUCGCUGUACAGGAUUCCAUUAACCUGUUUUCCCGUGUGCUUGCUGGCCUGCGGUCGAAGGUACGCUUUGAUCAGGAAUACACCGCAACACAAUUCAUCGAACAACGGAUGAACCAGAGUACAAUUUUUGCUGACAUCGUCCAUUGGUACGAUCCUUCGUCACUUCAGUCAUUCAUCGUAAAUUCUCGCGUCCUGCGAGUCUUCGCUGAAACACUGCUGGAGGAUGGCAAUGCCGUGGUCACAUACGUUCUCCUCGGUGCGUUCCCUACACUGCUGGCUAGCACGCCAAAGACAGUGCUGGACGUUGUAUGCGCCAUGAAUGCAGACAUGCUAGAAUAUCAAGCCAAGAUCUCAUUUUCCUUCGUUGAUGGUUUGACGCAAGAGAUUCUUGUCCCUCUGGCUGCGACUUUGAUCGGUUACCCAGUCGCAUAUAUCCCCAUCUCGGCGGAUCAGACCUCAUUCCUGAGUGGACAACCCUUGGACGUUUAUGAAGCAAACGUUGUCCCCGAAACAUCACGUACAUCUUCGUUUCAAAGCUCCAAUCAGUCACAUACUCUACUUAAGUUCUCCUGUCCCUGUUCACUUGCGGAGACGAACCGUGAGCUAUCUCCGGCACGCGUUACAAAACGCCUCCAAUCACAGUUCCAAGAAAACCUUUCUUCCAUAGGGUCAUCGCUCUUUGUUCAUCAUCACGUAGAGAUUGUGGACCGUGUUGCACUUUAAAUUUGAAUGAUCAUGCAAAAUAUGUGUAAUACAUAUUAAUCGACAUCAAUAUUGACAAUCUUGAUGUCCUCAAACGGCUUGUCCAUCUUAUUCGUCUUCACAUUUUCCAUAUUAUGAAUGACCUCUAAUCCAGAGAAAACGCGUCCGAAGAUCG